AUGGCUGGAAAUGUUGAUGACAAUUUUGUCCCUAGCGUUCCACCUCUUCUCCCUCGUGGGUGCAAGUUUUCUCCUGACAAUGGAGUAUUGAUAGAGUUUUACUUGAAGAAGAAGAUACUUGGUAAGCCUCUUCCCUCUGAUUGUAUACCAACUGUUGAAGUCUACUCCAGAAACCCAACUCAACUUCCAUUGCCAACCGGUGAUUUUUGGAGAGUAGAAAAUGAGUGGUAUUUCUUCACCACCAAGCCACACAACGAUUCUGUAACCCUAACCAAUGAUGGCUACUAUUCUGUUAUAAAGGAGGAGGAAACAAUUAAACAAGAAGAUGAAGAGAUUGGGUUCAUGAGAACUUUGGCUUAUUUUCAAGGAACGCCACCAAGUGGCAAGAAAUCCAAAUGGACCAUUUAUGAGUUUAGGGUUAAACCAAAUACUAUUCCUACCAUUCAACAUGAUGAUGCUCUGAAAGCAAAGGUUUCGAGUUUUGUUGUAUGUAAACUUUCGAUUGAAAAGAAGAAAAGAAAGUACACAAGGAAAAACAAGAAUGAUAGCAUGAAGUCGAGUCAAAAUUACGAGCAUGGAUACUUCGCUAACUCAACUAGAAAGAUACAACAUUUCUCUGAAAAAGGGCCAACUUCGUGA